AUGAUGGACAACAUCUUCCUAGUUCAAGAGAUUUUGCGCAAAUAUGCCCGGAAAAGAUCCUCUCCGAGAUGCCUCCUGAAAAUUGACUUGCAUAAAGCUUAUGAUUCCAUUUCCUGGGAAUUCUUGGAUUGGAUGCUUAAGUCCAUUGGCUUCCCAGCCCAGUUCUGUAUUCAACUAUCUCAUUUGGCUUUUGCAUAUGAUGUUAUGCUUCUAUCUAGAGGAGAUAUCCCUUCCGUGUCAACUAUGUUUGCCAAGCUUCAGCACUUCUGUAGGGUUUCAGGGCUUUCCAUCAGCUCUGAUAAAUCUUCCAUAUACUCAGCCGGUAUUAGGCCUCAUGAGCUUUCUCAUAUUCAACAGCUUACUUGGGGAUGGAGCAAGAAGUCUUUAUCUUAUGCAGGUAAGUUAGAGUUGAUCAGAGCAGUUAUUCAAGGAAUUGUGAAUUUCUGGAUGGGGAUUUUUCCUUUGCCGCAAUCUGUUAUGGAUCGAAUCAAUGCUUCGUGCCGUAAUUUUCUGUGGGGCAAAGUGGAUAUUGGCAAAAACAAGCCCUUGGUUACUUAG